AUGUCUCGACACCUCAUCUGGCCUACGCCCUCCUCGGCGGCUUUGUUGUAUUAUUUGGAAUGUUCUCUUUAUUUAUUCGUGAAAAGGCAAGUUCCGUCCUUUUUCGAUAUGUUCUCCAAGCUUAUACGCGUCCAGGCCUACAUUGGUGAAGCCGUCAUUGCAACCGUCUUUGGGAUCAUAAUAGGUCCCUACUGCGCCGGCAUUUUUGAUCCCCGCGGUUGGGCAAACUCUCACGAAGUAGUGAAUGAAAUCACGCUGGAAGUCACCCGUGUGGUAUUGGCCAUCGGCGUAUUUGCCAUCGGGGUUGAGCUCCCAAAGCAGUACAUGCUAAAACACUGGAAAUCCCUAUUUAUGCUCCUCGUCCCCGUCAUGACCUAUGGCUGGUUCAUCAGCGCGGCCCUUAUUUACGCCUUGAUCCCCAAACUCACUUUCCUCAGCUCCCUGGUUAUUGCAGCGUGCCUCACCCCAACCGAUCCUAUCUUGGCCGCCGCAGUUGUGGGUGGUAAAUACGCUGACAAACAUGUGCCAAGGCACUUGACCGAUCUCCUCAAGGCCGAAUCAGGUUGCAACGAUGGUGCUGCGUUCCCCUUUCUGUUUAUUGCUAUCUACCUUAUCAUCGAAAAGUCGGAUCGGGUAGCAGUUGGUGAAUGGUUUUAUGUCACUUGGCUGUACGAGGUUGCGCUCGGUAUUGCCUUCGGAGCCGUUCUGGGAUUCGGCUUCCGUCAUUUGAUGAGGUUUUGCGAGCGCAAAGAUCUCAUCGAUCGACAGAGUUAUGUCGCUCAAUACGUCAGCUUGGCCCUCCUUACCAUAGGGGCAACCACCCUUCUUGGGUCAGAUGAUCUUCUCGCAGCGUUCGCGUGCGGAACAGCUUUCGCUUGGGAUGGUUGGUUCAACCGUCAGACUGAGGAGAGUAUGUUCAGUAACGUCAUCGAUUUGUUGUUCAACUGUGCUUGUUUCAUUUUUAUUGGAGCCUGGAUUCCGUUUGAAGACUUUGACGCCCCAGAGCUCUCUAUCUCGCCAUGGCGCCUGAUCGUCCUUGGUCUUGCAGUAGUAGUUCUUCGUCGGCUUCCGAUCAUGCUCGCACUCUACAAAUUCAUCCCCGAUAUUCACACCCUUCGUGAAUGCGUCUUUGCGGGGCAUUUCGGGCCCAUGGGAGUUGGUGCGGUUUUUAUCAGCACUUUGGCUGCAAUCAAACUACCUGAACCUAUGGAAAUCGAACCAAACGGACUUUUGUCCAACGGAGAUACACCUCAACAAAUUGAUUACCUGGGACAUUCCAUACAGCCAGUGAUCGCCUUCAUGGUUCUUAUCAGUAUUAUGAUUCACGGCCUCAGUAUUCCGUUCUUCUCUCUUGGAAAACGUGUGCAUUCGAUCCGGCAUACCUGGUCCCGCCGUGAUACUAUUGAAGGCCGACCCGAAUGGGCUGACCAGAUCCGGCAAAUUCGGCCUGGCGACGAAAUUGUUGUCAAUAGGGAUGAUGUUGCGGAACGCGGCGAGAUGCCUGCGCUCGAUGAGAAACGAGGGAGCGCACCUACAUCCGAGCUAUCUGGCGAAGGAAGCAGCGGAACUGAGGAUAUCAGGGAACAGGAGCAUGGCACUGGUGAACACAUCACGUCUUCUGAAGGCCGUAAGGGUCGGAUUAAUGGUGCCCCACUUGGUCGAGAGGAGGAUGUAGAGACGACCGAAUGGAGGGAGGGUCCACAUCUCGUUAUUGAACGUGACCCUGGGAACGGCGAAGAGGUCCAAGUCGAAGUUGUCAAGAAUGCGUAUGCGCCCGGUGGAACUCGCUCUCGGUCUAACUCAGCCUCGCAGCCGGAUGUCGAGAAGCACACGAUCUCAGGAACACGGGAAGACGUUCAUCACCAGCUUUCUGAUCAUUUGCGUGCCAUUGAACAUGAGGCCGAGCACAUUGGAGGGAAGCUUGGUCUAACUCAUAGCAACGAAAGCAGUAAAGACAAGCAUGGUCAACCUUCCUCGGCUACAGCUGCUGGUACUAGUCCAUCUGCCUCACAACGACACCCUUCUGCCACUCCCGAGCUCCCAUCGAUUGUUCUUCCGGACGAGGAGGAAGAAGAUCGAUCACGCAGUCAUACUCGAGGACUCCGCAACCAAGUUCGAGAUCGCUUAAUAGGGCGACCACGGGCGGCUACCGAGCGAACGCAGGGACAUGCUCGAACGGCUUCAGCUCCCAACAGCUUACUCAGAGAUCCUGCAGCAAGACUCAGAGCUGAUUCGGUGCGCGACUCCAGGCGCGACGUGAGCCCUGCGAGGUCUAUCCGAUUUGCGGAUGACCGACCUGCACCAUCUGGUGGAGAGGGAACGACACCUCCGAACGGAACUACGGGCGGAGAGAGCUCGCACAGAGUCAUGUUUGAUUUACCUGCGCAAAAGUCAAAGUAG